GCACUGCAAUCUUUAGUGCUUUCAAUUGAAGCCGUAACGCUGUAUUUGGCGGACAAAGUGGAGCCGCCCGGACUGGGGCGCCUGUUCACUCUUGGACGCAAUUUUUACGACUUGUGGAUUAAAUACUGGUGAAAACGUGAAGACACCGAUCAAACCGUCGAUUUUGUAAACAUUUCUUUUGGAUUAUUCGUAACAUUACUUUGGAAAGAACAAGGAUCACUUAACAUUUUGUUUUAACUCUUAACGCCCGGCGGAAUUUAUUGCACUGGGCACAGCUCAUUGCGGCGUUAACUUUACUUUGUGUGACUUGGAGAAUUUCGGCGACAACUGAUGUACAGAAAACGGACACAAUGUCGUUAGUACACUGGGCGAGUCUAGAAGUUCACAAAGUCUAAUGUGUGUGCAUGCUGACCUCUUUCCGUGGGCACGAUGGAAAAACCUGGACGCUUCUUGUCGCUUACUGCAGUCCUGGCUUUAAUACGCACGCGCUUUCAGGUUCAUUGUAUAAAUUCUCCUUCAUUGGAUCACCCAGGUUUUAAUGUGUUUGUCUCUGCCUCACACUACUGGCCCUUGGAUUUUCAAGAUGGAUCUAAAGAACAACUGCACACGAUUGGAAAUCGAACAGCUCUUGUUAAUGGAAAAAAUAUAUCUCUCAGAAUCCACAACUACACUGUGCUCUCCUCACAUAACUCUACCUCUGUAUAUGCCAAUGACUCUGCCUACACUAACCUUUCUGCAACCGUAGUAGACAUUGUUGCAGAAAUCAUUAGCCAAGGAAUUUAUGUCAACAGCGAUGACGGAGAGAAGUUUUUGCACUUUGGGAACAGCAAAAAUUCUUGCAUCAGUGAUCUGGCAUUCUGUUCACCAGAAGGUGUGACGUUUUCCUUUUUCUGGAAAAAACAAGAAUCACCAUCCACCUCUAAACAGCCCUCUGUGGGUAAAAUAAUAUCCAGCAGUUUUUCUGUCUGUAUUGGUGGCCCAGAUGGUGACGUGGAAUUCUUCACUCAUCAGAAAACCCAUAUUUGGAGAGCGCAGUUCAGUCCUUCAGAUUCCUACUGGACAAACAUUCUGUUCACAUGGACACAAAACGGCGGCUUGAAAGUUUUCAUUAAUGCUACCAGUACUGCCAAUGACACUACUGGGAAAGUAUCAGAGAACUAUAUGAACUCUUGUGCAAACCAAGCCAACCAAGAAGACAACAGCCAUUACUAUGGUCACUUUGUUACUGGUUCAUUUGAUGAGUUCAUAAUUUGGGAACGAGCCUUGACACCAGAGGAAAUUGAGCUGUAUUAUAAGGCAGCAACAGGCAUUCCUGUAACUAUAGCUACCUCAUCAUCGUUUGCAAACUCUACAAGUGCGCCACUGGAUCUAUUGAUGUCGACAGAUGCCUAUCAUCCCAUAAUCACAAAUUUGACAGUGGAAAUUCAAAACUUCCGAUAUCAUGAACCAGUGGUCGGUUUCCUGGAAUCUGUUUCAGUUAAGCUGCCAAACAAAACUAUACCACUGGAGACAGCUUCCAACCUAACAGAGAUUUUCCUAAACAGUGUGGAUGAAGUACUUUCAUUACCCAGCUGGACUGAUGUUCCUGAGUCAUACAUGGUUGUCAGUGGUUUGAUUGAAACAGUUGAUAAAGUCAUGGUGCAUAUGGUCAUCAAUCUCGAAGAGAAGCAGUCUACUGUUAUCUCCAUUGAGGGCACAACAAGUGUGGCAGAUUAUUCUCUGAUGAAACUGCCACAGACUGUGAACCCAAGCAACUAUCGCUUCCCUGCACAGGGCAAGAACUACAUCUCGGUUCCUGCUGAAGCAUUCAACCUGAAAUAUCAGACUACCAUUGUGGGCCUGUUUUAUCACAAAAUGCACAGAUGUUACCAGAAGAUCAACCCUCUUAGUACAAACAUUAAAGAAGCAGCUGCCUUUAAAGACUACCGUAUCACAGCCACAAGUUACAUCAUCUCCUUAAAAGUGGAUCCUCCCCCGGCCUUGUCUGUCAACCUGUCAGGAAAUCCUCUGAUCAAAAUCGUCCUGAUUCAUGUUCUGAAUGGAGAACAAUACAGUCUGGCUUCCAAUCAAAGCAACAGAGUAUUCCUCUACUGUGCAUAUCUCAACUAUAGCUCUGGAAGUGGAGUAUGGUCCAAUGAAGGCUGCGUCAGAACAGGAGGAAAUCUGUCCUUUUCAAUCUGCCUGUGCAACCACCUGACUAACUUUGCCAUCCUCAUGCAAGUAGUGCCACUGGAGCUUGCACAGGUUCACCAGGAGGCACUCUCUCUUAUCAGCUAUGUGGGCUGUUCCAUUUCCAUCUUCUGCCUGGGCAUCACCCUUGUCACCUUUGCUAUUCUGUCGUCAGUGAGCACAAUCCGUAACCAGCGCUACCACAUCCAUGCAAAUCUUGCCUUUGCUAUCCUAGUAGCCCAGAUCCUCUUGCUCAUCAGUUUCCAAUUUUUUCCAAGAACGCUUCCCUGCAAAAUAAUGGCAGUGCUCCUUCACUUUUUUUUCCUGAGUGCCUUUGCAUGGAUGCUGGUGGAAGGCCUUCACCUCUACAGUAUGGUGAUCAAAGUCUUUGGAUCGGAGGAAAGCAAGCACAUAUAUUACUAUGGAGUAGGCUGGGGAGCACCACUAGUGAUUUGUAUUGUUUCAAUUACUUCAUCUUUACACAGUUACGGAGAUGUUGGCAACUGCUGGCUUUCUCUGAAGACUGGAGCAAUCUGGGCAUUUGUGGCACCAGCCUUGUUUGUGAUUGUGGUAAACAUUGGCAUUUUGAUAGCAGUAACAAGAAUCAUCUCCCGAAUCAGUGCAGAUAAUUACAAAGUACAUGGAGAUGCAAAUGCAGUCAAACUCACUACUAAAGCUGUGGCCGUGCUUCUACCAAUCUUAGGAAUCUCUUGGAUUUUUGGGGUGCUUGCAGUGAAUGAACAAGUUCUUGCAUUUCAAUACAUGUUUGCAGUAUUCAAUUCUCUGCAGGGAUUCUUCAUUUUUCUCUUCCAUUGUCUUCUUAACUCUGAGGUCCGAGCUGCCUUUAAGCACAAAACUAAAGUUUGGUCUCUAACCAGCAGCUCCAUUAGGAAUGUCAAUGUGAAACCUUUCAAUUCAGAUGUGAUGAAUGGAAACAGACCAGGUGCAACUCCAACCAAAAUGAAUACGUGGGAUAAAAGCACAAACUCAGCCAAUCGUAUUGAUCUAUCUGCAGUGUAACACAGGUGACUUCAGGAUAUCUGCUUGAGGACUUCUGACAUAAAAGAAAAAAAUAAAACUAAAAACAAUUUGAAUGGAAAAUGGAAUCUGGCACUGAAAAGUGUAUGUGAAGAAGUACAACUCAACAGCAUAUGACUUGAUUAAAUUCCUUACUACCAGAGUUACUGAGAAGCUCUAGAAACACUUUAUUUUUUGUAGGCUGCUAUCACAUCAUGGUUUUUACUGUAAUAAUUAUUACUAUUACUAUUAUUAUUAUUAUGUGUGCUCAAUUGGAUAUUCAGUGUGUCAGCAUUCUUUAACAGAGGUGUCUGGUAUCUUUUAUCCAGAUGCCUUCAUAUUUUUAUAAAACUGAUUAAAUUUGAGGAAAGAACAUUUUUACAGGAUCGCUAAUCACUUUGGUUAAGAUGGGAAGCCAAACAUUAAAGACUUUUCUAAAUGUAAUUGACUACAGCUGACAUUUCAGUUUUGCCUCCACCUGAUUGCUGAUUCUGUCAGACAUUUUGGUUAUUUAUAUUAUAAACAAAUUCUAACGUAAAUCUAAAGUGCCUUGGUAAAUCUCUGAGCCUUUGUUUCUAUAGUGUCUUUCAUCAUAUAUAUUUUUAAUGAAAGCAGUUCACAAUAAACCAAGUUUAACUACAAAUAACACUGCUUUAAACAUAUAGGAUGACAAUAAUGAACUAAUAUAACUUGUUUCAAUAUUACAGAGAAAAGUGGGGUAGCCCUAUUUAGGAUAGUAAAACCUUAUUAAAAAAGGGCAUCAAAAAGUAUUAAUACAAGAUUUUUGUCAAAAACAAAAGUAAAGUAAAAUUAAGUAUUAGUAAUCACCGUUGUAAUUUUAGCUGCUCUAAGAAAACAUGGCUCCUUGAUGGUUAACAAAAAUGGUUAGAUUGCUGAAACAAAUCAUUCAGAAUGUUAGAGUGACUCUUCUAAGUGACUUGGAUUUGUUUCCCUGUCGCACGUUUUGUGUAAAGUUUGAAGUCAAGCCUAUUUUCUCCAGACACUGUCAGCUCCUUCCACAUAUCAAAGAGAGGCAUGUUUGAAUAAAUGGAGGCUCUAAUUUGGGCCAGUGUAUGCCACCGUAUGUGUGAACAUGACCAAGAAUAGAUAAUCAACACUUGCAUAUGAUGAAGACUGGAAAGGCUCAGUCUUCAUGUGUUUCUGUAUUAAGUAAAGCAGGUUCCGAUAACGAAUGGAUAGAUUAAAUAAAUCAAGGUAAUAAUGGUAUAUGAUUGAAUUAACAGAAUAUUACGUGGUUUCUGUAUCUAAUCAAUCAGAGUGUUCUCUCUCGCUCUCUGUAUAUAUAUGGGGUUUGUUCUAGGACUGCACCAAAGACGACUGUUAGGUUAAUUACAAACUAUAAAUUGGCUGUUGUGACUGUGUGAGGUCAGUACUGUGAUGGAUUGGCAUUUUAUGAAGGCUUGGUUCAUGCUUUGUAUCAUAACCUGCAAGGACUGUCCCUGUACUGCAGUGUGGGUGUAAUGGAUGACAGGAUUUAAUAGAAUAUUUCCCAUCUCUUUUCAUAAAAAUGGUUGCUAAAGAUGUGGUUAAUUUACUUUGUAACUCUCAAAAUUCCUGCCAUCUUUUCAAUUAAAAUAUUACCCUGGAAACUGUUCCACAUAUAAAAGUCCAGGCAAAGGGUAUUUUUUAGAAUAAAGCUAUAUGCUUACAAAUUGAAUCAAAAAAGGAAAUGAAAAUGUGCUUUUUUAAAUUUGUUUUCAAUGUAUGUAUUUGUACAAAAAACAACAAUGAAUACUAAUUAAGCUUGAGUAUUUUUGGAGCAUUGUUUGAUUAUACCAGAAACAAGAAAAUAAAAGAUAAAUAACUGAUUUCAGCUGUCAGUAAGGCAUAAACAAUUGAUAGAAAUAUGCUUAUUUACUCUGUUCUCCCCUAUUAUUUCAGUGUAUUUUUUACGAGAUAACACUAUUUCACUUGAAUUGCCUGCUGUCAAAACUUGAAGGAAGCUGAAAAGAAACACACACACUUAAAAACUGUCUGAAAAAGAAGAACAGUGGCACUAUUAACUAAGAAGUGACCGAGAGUAGCUUGAAAAGAAAAAACAAACAAAGGCUGAAGUUUUGAAGGUCAUUUGUUUUAUUCAUCCUUUCAGUAACAUUUCUCCUGCGCACUACCUUGAGUCAGCCACUAAAGCUGUUUAAGGAAAAGCCCUUUAUGAGGGUGUUAUAUAUAACAGAUACAUUUAAAGUUCACUUUAGAUAUUCUGAGUAUCAGUGCACUGUGAAAAGGGCUAAUACAGACCAAAAAGGCAUCUACUGCUGUGUUUUCUAGCUCCUGCCACCCUCCAGGCAACUGCAGCUUUCUAUUUCCCAUUGCCAAACACAACCCAGAAAGCAUACACACAUAAUUAACUGGGUUUCAAAGCAGAAAAUGUAUUUUCAUCUAAUCAUUCGGUGGCAUUUCUUCUUAAUAAAGCAAAAUUAUUCUUUGCAGCCUCAACAGUAUAUGAGAUAUUAUAUAUCCCAUAUUCAAUUUCCGCUUCUCUUAUCUGACAGUCCAAUAACAAAUAAUACUGUAUGCAUUAUUUCAUUCCACCCAAGGACAAUGCUGAUGUAAAGUUUUAAUUAUUAUUAUUAUUUUUAAAUUAACAUUUAGUAAGCAUGAUGAGUUUGGAGUGUAACAUUUUGUGUGAAAAACAUACAGAUUCCAGCAAAGUCCCUCUGUGUCUGUAAUUAUCUACUAGACUACAUGACACCUAGCCUUUGUCAUUAAUAACACUUGCCCUUUGUGUAUUGCUCAAUGUCAAGUGGAGUGUGUUUGUUGAAAAAAAUCUUUUGUGUAAAUAUUUACAGUAUGGACUUUGUGAAGAACCUGCAGAACAUUUAUGAAGUCCUACAGUUAAUAUUGUUUUCAUUAUCUUUCUGGAUAAAAUGUGACUGAAUUCUCAUUAUGCUUAUUCUGUUAAGUUUGAGUUUUCUGUAAUUUUCAGCAAUGAUUGUAGCAUUUUGUGACCUUUUUUUACUGUUAAUAAUGCUAUUUAAUUCAUUGUUUUCUGUAUCUGGCAAAACCUCACCAAAAAGAAAUGAUCAAAUAAAUUAAAUAUAAUGGCUAUGUAAUUAAUUUAUUUAGAAUUGUUUAACUUGAACAAUGCCACAAUGGCUACAACUGAGUAUCACUAGUCCUCUCUCAAUCUAACUAGAUCUACUUGCAAUUUCUUUCUCCUUUACAGCCUUUAUGAUUGAUGCUUUCUUCUCUAAUAUUCUGGUAGCAGUUGUUCUGUCUCAGUGAGCCUUCAUGAAAAGUUUCCUCCAGAUUCUAAAGCCAGUGACCUAAUAUCCUACUGCCUCAAGUAUUUCUCUCUGUAUACAGUUCAGUAAAAGUGUAUGUGUGUAUAUGUUUUGACUGGAAAACCUUCUCUGCAAUUAAC